UGUCGAGAAAAAGUUUCUAUAAUUAUUUUCGGGUGUGCUUCUCCAAAUAUUUCGUGACUUUAUCGGCCUCAAAUAUCCAAGGCGAUUGGGGACGACAAAAAUCUGUGCGAACACUUAAAGUUACCAAUUCAGAGAAUAAAUGACUACCAGUUUUUAUUAAAGGAAUUAAUAAAGUACUCACAUAAUGUGCCUGAAAAUACUAAAGACUUACAAAAAGCCUUGGAACUAAUGCUUAGCGUUCCUAAUAGAGCAUUUCAUAAUAAACUUUUAUCUAGCAUAGAAGGAUAUAGAGGUAAUAUAUAUAAAAUCGGACGUUUACUUAACCACGAUUGGUGGACUAUAAAAGAUUCCGCUCAAAAAUCUCACGAUCGAUAUUUAUUUUUAUUUAAAUCGAGGAUUUUAAUCUCUAAUCUAAGGAAAAUAAAUGAAGAACGGUCAAUUUUUGUUUUACAAAACAUUAUUAAACUACCAGACUGCAAUAUUGAGAAUAAUGUCGCCGAAAAUGUGUUAUACAUAACAGGAAAACCGGGAAAGCAAAACACAUGUUUGCCAAUUACAUUAAAACCUCACAAAAUAGAUAUACGGGAACGAUGGUUUCAAGAAAUUGUUUCAUACAUAGAUGAUGAAUCGGCAUUACAGGAACAUUUUGCUGAUGAUUUGCGUAUUGAUUCCUCACAAGUACUGCAUGAAAAUGAGUUACUUCUUCACUUACCGCAGAAGGCUGAGGCACAUAAUCCCUAUUCUGGAAUAAAAGCCUCAGAUGUGGCCCAUGAUUACUAUUUAACUGACGAAGAAAGGAAAAAAUACUUAGAAGAACAGACAAUUUUGCUUUCGAACAGAAAUAAACAACAACAUGAAGCAGUUGAGAGUAAAAUAUUUGAAGAGAAUAAACACUCACUUAUUAAAACUGAGGAAUCACGUGUGAAAGAAAAAGAAAAAUGCUUAGAAGAUAAUACACAAUUGCAUCCAGAUAGAAAUAUACAGCAUUUUGAGAGUACAAUAACUGAAGAGAAUGAAAACUCUCUUACUAAAAGUGAUGAAUUAUUUAAGGAAGAAAGGAUAGACUUUUCCGAUAUGGUAACAGAAAAUGCUUUGUUAUCGAAAAAGAAAGAUGAUUCCAUAAAUAAUGCAAAUGAUACAAUGCUGAUUGAAAAAGAUGUAAUUUUGAACCAACAGUGUAGGGAUGCAUCAACUGAUGAUAUAGAAUUAAUUAAUAAAUGUAAGGAUUUUUCCAAUAUUAGAAUGUUAUCCGAUGGAUCUGUUGGUAAGAAUAGCGAAAUAUCAAAUAAUUCACAAAUUAAGUCCUCACUAAAUUUAUUAUCACCGCCAUUGUCAAAAAUUAAUGAGACACCUAAAGAAGUAGCGAGCAGUAAAAAAAUUACUUUAAGUGAUAUUCCUUUUUAUACUGAAUCAUCCAAAUUUAUUAUUAACACUACAGCAGCUUCAGACGAAAAUAAUAGUAAAUCUACAAAUAUGAAUGUUACUAACAUAAAGGAUAGUGCUUCUUUGCAGCAAUGGUCUAAUACUUUAACGAACCUAAUCAGUUUGCCAUAUCAAGGCGGAGGAACUUCAAACCCUCCUCCGCCUUUACCGCCUAACUUUCAUCGCAUGCCUGGCUUCUUUGAACCUUUACCACGCAUAUCAUACGAAACUUCAAUUGAAAUUUUAAUAGUAAAAGCUCGUCCACCUUCGCCACCUCCUUUGCCGCAAUCUAUAAAAAAGCUUAUAGUGCAUAAUGAAAGCUUAGAGCAAAAAUCUGAAAACUUCUUAAAAGGAAUUUAUGACUCCCAAAAUUUUGAUACUUCAGUUCAUACGGCUAAACAAAAAUUACGUUUUAUUAAAAGCGCUGUAAUUAAAUCAACUGAUUCCACUAAAUACGCUGAAGAUACAGUUAAAAAAGCUAAAGCUCGUGAUUUUCUACACAUAUUUACUCCUCCAUUGAAAACUAAAAGACCCAUCUACGAGAUCGUGGAAGUUCCAUAUACUAACGACCAAUCCCAAGAACACAUUGAAAAUAUUCAUGAGGAACACAAGGAAGUAGGCACAGAAAUUGAAGUAACAGACUCAAACAUUUCCAAAAUGGAAGACUAUACAACUGGAUAUUCUGCUAAAUAUUCGCGGAGGCGCGCUGAAUUGAGUUCGACCACUCGAGAUUAUGAGAGAGGUUCUUCAUAUGACAAUUACGGAGACAAUUUGAGAAGUACAGCAAGCUCAAGAGUAGAGAGGAGGAAACAAGACGAUCAUAGAUCUAUAUUUUCCUCAAGCCGAGCAGAAAGCAGAAAUGAAGAAUACUAUGGGUCGAGAAUCGCAACGCGAUCAUCCUCACGCAUGAUGGAAGAAAACAAUUUAAAAUCGUUAGAAAAACCCGAAAUUCUUCGACCAGCAAAAAGCGCACAGGUUAAACCUGGAGAGUCUGCUCAUUUCGAGGUUCAAUUUGUUGAAAAACCAGGAUUAGUGGUUUGGUUAAAAGAUAACAAGCCCUUGGAAGAUAAACUUGCUGACCGAGUUGUGCAAACAGAAGCAGCGAUGAAUUCAUACCGACUGGAUAUUAAGAAUUGCAGUGAGUCUGAUGCUGGUACUUACACUGCAAAAGCAAUAUCUGGAAUUGAAAACGUGACAUGUUCCGCCCAACUUGCAGUAGGACAAGCUGCUGGACAUGACGAAACAAAAACAAACGUUGCACCAGUUUUUCUUGUGCAGUUGAAGGAUGUUGAAAUGUUGGAACAAACACUUUUCAGAUUUAUGAUUAAAGUAAUGGGUGAUCCAAAACCUAAAGUGAAAUUUUUUAAAGAUGGAGCCGAAAUUUCAGAAGAAGAUAACCAUAUCCAAAUAAAUAGAGAAAAGGAUUAUUUGGGAUAUUAUGAACUAAUUAUAAACGAAGUACAAAAAUUUGAUUCUGGAAUUUACACUUGUAAAGCUGUAAAUAAAUACGGAGAAGCUCAAUGUGAAGCAAAAGCAACAACUGUAGAGGAUAAAAACCCCUUUGGGUCCUUAAGUGGGCAAAUCCUUCCAGCCGGAGAAAAGUCUACAUUCACUUGGAAACGUAAUGGCGUUGAAUUUGACCCAGAAGAACGAUUUAAGGUUUUGUUCGGCGAAGACGAAGACUCUCUAGCUCUAGUAUUUCAACAUGUUAAGCCAGAGGAUGCAGGAAUUUAUACAUGCGUAGCUCAAACUACGACAGGCAACAUAUCAUGUAGUGCGGAACUAACUGUUCAAGGUGCUAUACAAACACUACACAAAGAACCAGAAAAGCCAGUCUUGGUUAUCGAACAUCGUGAAGCUAAUACAACAAUAGGAGGUACAGCAAUUCUAGAAUUACAGUGCAAAGGCUUUCCUAAACCAGGAGUUGAGUGGAAGCAUGACGGUGAAAUUAUUGAAGUAGGCGAAAAACACAAAAUUUUAUAUGCCGAUGAGGAAAGCAUGUCCUUAGUCAUUAAAAAUAUUACUACAGAAGACGCAGGGGAAUAUACCAUCCAUGCAAAGAACGAACUAGGGGAAGAUGAGUCAUCUAUAAGCCUGGUUGUAAAAGCGGGACCUAAAAUAAAAAAAGUAAAUGACGUAACCUGUUUCGCUGAAGAAACAAUUAGAAUAGAAGUGGAAGUUGAAGGCUUUCCCAAACCACUUAUUAAUAUAACAAAUAAUGGCAAGGAUAUUUCCCACGAAAAGAACGUGAAAAUUUCAAGUAAUUCUAUAGGAAAAAGCACAGAAACAUAUAUAUUAGAAAUUUCGAAUAUUAAGUUAAGUCAAAGCGGAAACUAUUCCAUAAGAGCUACGAAUGAUUUGAACCAAUCUUCUGAAUUCUGGAACUGUAUAGUUAACUCCAAACCUAUAAUUGUAAAACCUUUAGAGGAGGAAUAUGUAUAUGGUGAAAAGGAGACAGUCAUUAUGAGUGUUAAAAUUGACGCGUUCCCAGCAGCCAAAGUGCGAUGGUAUCAAGAUGGGAAUGAAAUUGAUGUUUCCAAUAACAAAAAAUACACUACUGUCGCCGACGGAAAUGAAUAUACGCUGAAAAUAAAGGACGUGUCUCGCGUUGAUUGUGCUAUAUAUACAGUAAAAGCUGAGAAUGAGUAUGGUUCAGCAUCAAGCGAGACGAAAUUGUUAAUAAAAUGUGCCCCUGAACUUACAAAGAAAUUGUCAAAUAUUACUAUAACGGAAGGUGAUUGUAACGUAGAACUAGAAGUUCAACUCAACGCCUACCCUGAGCCCAAAAUCAAAUGGUAUAUAGAUGGUAUCGAGAUCGAUGAGAAAAGAAAAGAUUUUCGUCGCAUUGAGGAGAAUAACUCAUAUAAAUUAGUGCUUAAAGAAGUCAAUACAUCAAUGCAUGGCACAUAUUGCUGUAAAAUCAUGAACGAUUAUGGAAAUGUUGAAAACGAAUGUAUUGUGACAGUAAACUGCAAACCGAAAAUUAGAAAACAAUUAAAAGAUACAGAAGUACAAGCAAAUGGAACUCUAACGCUGGAAACUGAUAUAUAUGCAAUGCCUGAGCCAACUGUACAAUGGUUUAAAGAUGGACAGGAAAUAAGUGCCGAUGCUAGAGUAAAAAUUUCUCGGGACUCAUACCGCACAGAGGAUUAUACCUUAUCACUCACAGUUUGUAAACCAACUGAUGCCGGUACCUACGAAGUGAGGGCUCUAAACGCUAUUGGCGAAAGUCAAUCGCAAUGCAAGGUGAUUGUUUUAAAUGAACUAAAGAGAAAAGAGGAAGUCGAUGGACACAAUAUACAAAACAUUGAAAACGGUGCGAUUCCUGAGAUCCAACACGCAGACAUUUUGGAAAAACAUAGUUUCGAGUCAGUGCCAUUAAAAUAUGAGAUUAUUGCUAAAGGCAUUCCCAAACCGGAAGCCAUAUGGUAUCAUGAUGGCAAGCCAAUACAAGCAGAUCAGCGUGUUGCUACCAUCGUUGAUGGGGAUAAAUACAGGUUAGAAAUAAAGGAACUGCAACUAUCCGACGCUGGUGAAUAUAAAGUGGUAAUUAAAAAUAAAUGUGGCGAAAAGUCUCUGCAAGGUGUUUUAUCCCUAUCUGGUGUUGCAGAAUAUCGCAAACCUAUUUUAAAAAGUGGGUUACGUGACAUUACGACUAAAAAAGGAAACUCUUUGGCGAUUCCUAUCGUAUUCACCGCUGACCCUCAACCGAAAAUAACAUGGCUGAAAGAUGGAAUGCCAUUAAAAGAACAAGGCAAUAUCAUAAUAACAGAAUCAGUACAAGAUCUUGAAAACGGACUUAAGGAGUACUCAUAUACCAUAAAUUUUGAUGAACAGGAUAAAAAUCCCUUUGGGUCUUUAAGUGGGCAAAUCCUUCCAGCCGGAGAAAAGUCUACAUUCACUUGGAAACGUAAUGGCGUUGAAUUUGACCCAGAAGAACGAUUUAAGGUUUUGUUCGGCGAAGACGAAGACUCUCUAGCUCUAGUAUUUCAACAUGUUAAGCCAGAGGAUGCAGGAAUUUAUACAUGUGUAGCUCAAACUACGACAGGCAACAUAUCAUGUAGUGCGGAACUAACUGUUCAAGGUGCUAUACAAACACUACACAAAGAACCAGAAAAGCCAGUCUUGGUUAUCGAACAUCGUGAAGCUAAUACAACAAUAGGAGGUACAGCAAUUCUAGAAUUACAGUGCAAAGGCUUUCCUAAACCAGGAGUUGAGUGGAAGCAUGACGGUGAAAUUAUUGAAGUAGGCGAAAAACACAAAAUUUUAUAUGCCGAUGAGGAAAGCAUGUCCUUAGUCAUUAAAAAUAUUACCACAGAAGACGCAGGGGAAUAUACCAUCCAUGCAAAGAACGAACUAGGGGAAGAUGAGUCAUCUAUAAGCCUGGUUGUAAAAGCGGGACCUAAAAUAAAAAAAGUAAAUGACGUAACCUGUUUCGCUGAAGAAACAAUUAGAAUAGAAGUGGAAGUUGAAGGCUUUCCCAAACCACUUAUUAAUAUAACAAAUAAUGGCAAGGAUAUUUCCCACGAAAAGAACGUGAAAAUUUCAAGUAAUUCUAUAGGAAAAAGCACAGAAACAUAUAUAUUAGAAAUUUCGAAUAUAAAGUUAAGUCAAAGCGGAAACUAUUCCAUAAGAGCUACGAAUGAUUUGAACCAAUCUUCUGAAUUCUGGAACUGUAUAGUUAACUCCAAACCUAUAAUUGUAAAACCUUUAGAGGAAGAAUAUGUAUAUGGUGAAAAGGAGACAGUCAUUAUGAGUGUUAAAAUUGACGCGUUCCCAGCAGCCAAAGUGCGAUGGUAUCAAGAUGGGAAUGAAAUUGAUGUUUCCAAUAACAAAAAAUACACUACUGUCGCCGACGGAAAUGAGUAUACGCUGAAAAUAAAGGACGUGUCUCGCGUUGAUUGUGCAAUAUAUACAGUAAAAGCUGAGAAUGAGUAUGGUUCAGCAUCAAGCGAGACGAAAUUGUUAAUAAAAUGUGCCCCUGAACUUACAAAGAAAUUGUCAAAUAUUACUAUAACUGAAGGUGAUUGUAACGUAGAACUAGAAAUUCAACUUAACGCCUACCCUGAGCCCAAAAUCAAAUGGUAUAUAGAUGGUAUCGAGAUCGAUGAGAAAAGAAAAGAUUUUCGUCGCAUUGAGGAGAAUAACUCAUAUAAAUUAGUACUGAAAGAAGUCAAUACAUCAAUGCAUGGCACAUAUUGCUGUAAAAUCAUGAACGAUUAUGGAAAUGUUGAAAACGAAUGUAUUGUGACAGUAAACUGCAAACCGAAAAUUAGAAAACAAUUAAAAGAUACAGAAGUACAAGCAAAUGGAACUCUAACGCUGGAAACUGAUAUAUAUGCAAUGCCUGAGCCAACUGUACAAUGGUUUAAAGAUGGACAGGAAAUAAGUGCUGAUGCCAGAGUAAAAAUUUCUCGAGACUCAUACCGCACAGAGGAUUAUUCCUUAUCACUCACAAUUUGUAAACCAACUGAUGCCGGUACCUACGAAGUGAGGGCUCUAAACGCUAUUGGCGAAAGUCAAUCGCAAUGCAAGGUGAUUGUUUUAAAUGAACUAAAGAGAAAAGAGGAAGUCGAUGGACACAAUAUACAAAACAUUGAAAAUGGUGCGAUUCCUGAGAUUCAACACGCAGACAUUUUGGAAAAACAUAGUUUCGAGUCAGUGCCAUUAAAAUAUGAGAUUAUUGCCAAAGGCAUUCCCAAACCGGAAGCCAUAUGGUAUCAUGAUGGCAAGCCAAUACAAGCAGAUCAGCGUGUUGCUACCAUCGUUGAUGGGGAUAAAUACAGGUUAGAAAUAAAGGAACUGCAACUAUCCGACGCUGGUGAAUAUAAAGUGGUAAUUAAAAAUAAAUGUGGCGAAAAGUCUCUGCAAGGUGUUUUAUCCCUAUCUGGUGUUGCAGAAUAUCGCAAACCUAUUUUAAAAAGUGGGUUACGUGACAUUACGACUAAAAAAGGAAACUCUUUGGCGAUUCCUAUCGUAUUCACCGCUGAUCCUCAACCGAAAAUAACAUGGCUGAAAGAUGGAAUGCCAUUAAAAGAACAAGGCAAUAUCAUAAUAACAGAAUCAGUACAAGACCUUGAAAACGGACUUAAGGAGUACUCAUAUACCAUAAAUUUUGAUGAACUUCAACACAAAGAUUCUGGCCGAUAUGAACUACAGAUAGAAAAUAAAUAUGGCAAAAUCAGUACAACUGGAUGGAUUGAUGUAUUAUCAAAACCUGAAAUUAUAGGUUUAAAAGAUCAGUGUUGUCUUCCAAAUGACACCAUUGCUUUUGAUGCUGUCAUACUAGCGAAUCCAAAGCCUAAAGUUACAUGGACUCGAGGAAACGAAAAUUUGUGCAACAAUGAAAAUUGCGAAGUGAUAGCCGACGUUGAUGAUGAUAAAUACAGAUUGGUAUUUCAGUGUGUUAAAUAUGAAGAGGAUGGACUAUAUUCAUUAACCGCAGUUAAUGACCAAGGCUCGUCUACUGCAAGCUUCCAUUUAAACGUUAAAGUCGAAAAGCCGACAUUUAUCGCACCACCAGAAGACCAAUUAAUACUGGACAAUCAUCCGGUGAAUGUUAAUGUAUUAGCACAUGGCAUACCAAAACCAACAAUUGAGUGGAAGAAAGGUGAUGAAAGUAUUGUUGAUGGAGCCCAAAUUACUAAAAAUGAAGAAUCAGUAUAUAUUAUACAACAAUCAUCUCCAGAUUCUGAUCAAUUGAGCAGCCAAUUGGAAAUUUCUCAUUUCAGACCCUCGAAUGCCGGGACGUACACUGUCGUUGCUAAAAAUGAAAUUGGUGUGACUGAAGUUCCGUUUAAACUUUCACUGCUAGAAUUAGCUCCAAAGUUUGAAAGCAAGUUCGACAAUGCUAAAGAAGUAUGUCAAGGUGAAGAUUUGGUUCUACAAUGCAAAGUUAUUGGCAGUCCGAUUCCACUAAUUAGUUGGAUUAAAGAUGGUGAACAACUGAAGCCAAGUGAACACAUAAGACUCACAUCCUCCCCCAGCGGUAUUUUAACAUUGGAAAUAGCGAAUAUUCAACCAUCGGACUCUGGAGCAUAUAAGGUUGUCAUUUCAAAUCCCCUUGGCGAAGUAUCCUCCUUAUGCGCUGUUGCCGUAACUCCAAAAGCACAGCAGCCUUCAUUCGUUGAACCUUUAGAAGAUGUUAAAGUCUCUGUUGGAGAACAGUUAAAAUUGCAAGCGCGAGUAAUCGGAUUCCCUGCACCAGAAAUUAAAUGGAUUAAGAAUGGAAUUGCUUUGCACCCGAGUACGAGCAUAAAUUUCAUAAACAAUCCAAAUGGACUUGUUGGUUUAAGCAUUGAUAACGUUCAACCUGAAGAUGCAGGUGUAUAUAAAUGCUUAAUCGUUAACAAAGAGGGUGAGAUGGAAGGAAGUUCUACGGUAACCGUAUGUGCAAUGGAGAAAGAACCAGAGUUUAUAAGAGAAUUACAUGAUACCAAUUGUAUUGAAGGUUUCCCUGUAAAAAUGCAAGUUAAAGUUAUAGGCAAUCCACUGCCUGACAUCAAAUGGUUUCAUAAUGGCCAAGAAAUUUUACCUAAAGACGGACGAUAUACAUUCGCAGAAACUAAGGACAAUAAUUAUUGUUUGCAAAUAAAGGAGGCUGAUUUGAAAGACUCGGGUUUGUAUGAAGUAGUUGCGUCAAAUGCAAUAGGCACGGCUCUGUCUAAAGCGAGAUUACAAGUCGCAUUGAAAACAGAUGAAUCAAUGCCGGAAGCGCCGCCACGAUUUCUGUCAUCUAUUAGAGAUGUCAAUGCAAAUGAAGGUGAUGAAAUUAAACUUUCCGCAGCUUUUACGGGUAAUCCUGUCCCAGAAAUUAUAUGGACAAAAGAUGGUAAUACUCUCUUGAAUGAUGACAGCACUUUAAUUAGUUGUGAUGGCAAACACGUUAGUUUAAUAAUAAAUGACGCUGAAUCUAGCCAUUCUGGUACAUAUAAUUGCCUCUUAGCAAAUCCUCUUGGUGAAGAUGCCUCUGCUUGUGAACUAAACGUGAGAAAGGUGUACAAAAAGCCAUUAUUCACACAAAAGAUAUGCGAUCAGCAACAUUUAAUCAAUACCGAUGCAAAAAUUGGUGUCACUGUUUCGGGCGUACCAUAUCCAGAAUUGUCAUGGUACUUCCAAGACAAACCUAUUAUCGAAGGAGAUAAAUAUGAAUUGAUUAACGAUGGCGACCACCACACAUUAGUUAUCAAAGACUGUACCAUAAAUGAUCAUGGUGUUUAUAAAUGUAUCGCAAAAAAUAGAGAAGGCACAGAUGUUACUCAAGGCCGGCUGGAUAUGGUUAAUGAACUCAAAAAACAUAUUCGUUCAGAACCACCAACAUUCCUGAAGAGACUUGGUGAUUGCGAAAUUUAUCCUGGAAUGACAGCUAAGUUUACAGCAUGUGCUGCUGGCAGCCCCGAACCUGAAGUAGAGUGGUUCAAAAAUGAUCAAAAACUUUUCCCAUGCGAAAAAAUAUCUAUGGAUCACGAGCCGAAUGGAUUACUACGACUUACCAUCAAGGAUGCAGAUGACACUGAUGUUGGUCGUUAUACCUGUCAUAUAUUUAAUCCAUAUGGAGACGAAACAUGUCAUGGACAUCUCAUUUAUGAUAAUAUUGACAACAACCGCAGAAAACCUCUUUCAGAUCAAUAUAAUGAUAUAAAUAAAUACAAAAGGACAGGCGUGCCUACACCGAUCACGGAAAAACCAUCAAUAUCCCGAAUGACUGACCACAAUCUGAAGUUGGCUUGGAAACCGUCGGUAGUAACAAGUGGCCAUUAUCCUGUGACAUAUCUGGUGGAAAUGAUGGAUUUACCAAACGGAGACUGGCGCACAGUUCACACAGGAAUUAGGAAUUGCUCUUGCGUUAUUGACGGACUAGAACCAUUCCGCGACUACCGGCUACGAGUGCGAGUUGAGAAUAAAUAUGGUGUAAGCGACCCCAGCCCAUACUUGCAAACAUAUAGGCAAAAAAUAGUACCAGAGGAAAAGAAAAAGUACACGUAUUUGGCUCCCGGUGUCGAUUUUAGACCAGAAACAUCGCCUUAUUUCCCCAAAGAUUUUGAUAUUGAACGACCACCUCAUGAUGGACUUGCACAAGCCCCACAAUUCUUACGACGGGAAAACGAUUGCAGUUAUGGAGUCAAAAAUCAUAACACCGAGUUAAUGUGGUUUGUAUAUGGUUAUCCAAAACCCAAGAUGACAUACUAUUUUGAUGACGCACUGAUAGAAUCUGGAGGGAGGUUUGACUACAGCUAUACACGAAACGGCCAGGCAACUCUCUUCAUAAAUAAGAUGCUUGAGCGAGAUGUUGGAUGGUAUGAAGCCGUUGCUACUAACGAAUAUGGAGAAGCUAGGCAGAGAGUAAAAUUAUUGAUAGCUGAUUAUCCGCGCUUCCUUAAGCGUCCUGAUGAAACUUAUAUAAUGAUGCGAAAAAAUGGUCGCUUAGAAGCUCAUAUUGUUGGUGAGCCAUUACCAGAAAUCAGAUGGUAUAAAGACUGGCAACCCUUGGCCGACAAUGCCCGAAUAAAGACUAGUUAUUAUGAACCAAAUAUUUAUGUACUUUCAAUUAAUGAUGCAAUAAUUAAAGAUGAGGGUCUAUAUUCGGUUUGUGCCCGCAAUGUGGCAGGAUCAAUAAGCACAUCUGUGAUGGUUCAUAUAGAGGAUAAUGAAGACAAAUAUAUCUAUAAAACAUAUGGACGAUUGCCAUACAUUCGAGCGAAACAAAACCGUUAUAAUGAUAAAUACGAUAUCGGCGAUGAAUUAGGACGUGGUACACAAGGAAUCACUUACCAUGCGGUUGAACGUGCAACAGGUGAUAACUACGCCGCGAAAAUUAUGUAUGGUCGACACGAAUUACGACCGUUCAUGUUAAAUGAGUUAGAAAUAAUGAAUGGCCUCAAUCAUAAAAAUCUGAUUCAACUACAUGAUGCUUAUGACCUUGAUAAAAAUGUUACCUUAAUUAUCGAGUUAGCAGCUGGUGGAGAACUGGUUAAGGACAAUUUACUUAAGCGAAACUACUACACUGAAAGAGAUAUUGCAUACUACAUAAGACAAGCAUUAUGGGGCUUGGAUCAUAUGCACGAUCAUGGUUUUGGGCAUAUGGGGCUAACGAUAAAGGAUUUACUGAUAUCUGUUGUAGGAAGCAAGAAUUUGAAGUUAUCAGAUUUUGGUCUCUCCCGAAAAAUUAAUAGACACGCUCUAACUACUUUAGACUUUGGAAUGCCGGAAUACGUUUCACCUGAAGUUGUUAAUAAAGAGGGUGUUGGAUUUGCUCAUGAUAUGUGGGCUGUAGGGAUUAUAACGUACGUUCUGCUAAGUGGUCGGAACCCUUUCCGGGGUAUUGAUGACUAUGAAACACUGUCAAAUAUUCGUGAGGGGCGUUGGGAAUUCAGCGAUUCAAUUUGGUCUCAUAUAUCCGCUGAUGGAAGAGAUUUUAUUUCCCGCCUCUUGUCGUAUAGAGCAGAUGAUCGGAUGGAUGUCAAAACAGCGUUAAAACACCCUUGGUUUUUUAUGUUGGACUCAUUGCCGACUGGAACAGAAUAUCAGAUCACCACAGACAACCUACGAAGCUAUCAAGAUCAAUUUGAUGAUUGGAGUGAAAAUGCAGCCUGCAAACAAUAUUUCCGACGUAGACGACUCAGUGGUUGUUACACUCAUCCGUCUAGAAUGGUUUAUCCACCUGGUCAUUCAUAUACCCCUGAACCGACUCCAGAACCAUUGCCAGAAACAAAAAAAUAUUCCACAAAACGCGAAAACACUAUGUCAAAAUAUUUACAUCCAGAUUAUGAGUUGGGCUUAAUUCAGUCCGAAAGUCACUACCAAUAUGGACCAGAUACUUAUCUUCUACAACUUAGAGAUGUUAGUUUUCCUGUAAGGUUACGCGAAUAUAUGAAAGUUGCUCACAGAAGAUCACCUUCAUUCGCACUCAACGAUAGCGUUGAUUGGUCUUUGCCAGUUAUUCGGGAACGUCGACGAUUUACUGAUAUAAUGGAUGAAGAAAUUGAUGAUGAACGAGUUCGAAGCAGAAUAAAUUUGUAUAGCUCGAAUGACUCGUUCACUAUUCGUAGGCUUCGAACAGAAUUGGGUCCCAGACUUGAUGAAUAUACGGAAGCUGAGGCACUAAUUGAAAGUCAAAGAGAAGGAUGUCUUCCCUUCUUCAGAGAAAAGCCCCAAACACUUGCAAUUGUCGAAUAUCAACCAGCACACAUACAUUGUUUUGCAGUUGGAGACCCAAAACCGUGUAUACAAUGGUUUAAAAAUGACAUGGUGCUAACUGAGUCAAACAGAAUUAAAAUAUUAACUGAUGAAGAUGGUAGAUCUAUUUUACGUUUUGAUCCGGCUCUCCAUACUGAUAUAGGCAUAUAUAAAGCCGUCGCCAGAAAUUCGCUUGGUCAAACAGUGUCAAGAUGUCGGUUAGUUGUUGCUACAUUGCCGGAUGCUCCGGAUUCUCCUGAAGUAUCUGCUGUUAGUGGCAAGGAAAUUCUUCUUAGGUGGAAACAGCCACGAAAUGAUGGCCACUCAACAGUUUUAUGUUAUAGCUUACAAAAGAAAGAAUUUAGCUCGGAUAUAUGGACAACGAUUGCUGAUAAUAUUGACCAUGAAUUUUAUUUUGUGCAUGAUCUGCAGCCUAACAAUAAAUACCAAUUUAGAUUGGCAUCUAGAAAUCGCAUUGGUUGGAGUGAAAUGAGUAUACCGUUGACAGCUGAAACAGCAGCUAUAGAUUCACCAAAAAUACAGUUAUCAAAGGCAAUGGAACAUUUACAAAAACUAACAGAAAGCGGACAAGAAAUCGUGGCAGAAGAAGAGCGAGUUCAUACUGACUAUCAUUGUGAAUGUGAACCUCCAAAUUGGAUAACUGAUAGCAGUGUUAAUGAAAAAUAUAGUUUUAUAUCGGAAAUACAUAGAGGGGAAUUCAGUACCAUUGUAAAGGGAAUUCAAAAAUCUACCAACGCAAUAAUCGUAGCUAAAAUUUUUGACUUAAAUGCGGAAACUGAACCUCUUAUAUUAGAAGAAUUUGAAAAUUUUAGAACGUUAAGACAUGAACGUAUUGCAGCACUAUUUGCAGCAUAUAAACCAGUUAAUGUACCUUUAGCUAUUUUUAUAAUGGAGAAACUUCAGGGUGCUGAUGUAUUGACAUACUUUAGCAGUCGCCAUCAAUACACUGAGCAAAUGGUAGCAACGGUUAUAACACAACUUUUAGACGCAGUUCAGUACUUGCAUUGGAGAAGUUAUUGUCAUUUAAAUAUUCAACCUGACAAUAUUGUAAUGGCAUCGGUACGAUCGGUUCAAAUUAAAUUGAUUGAUUUUGGCUCAUCAAAGAGAGUUAGUAAAUUAGGUGCAAAAGUUGCAGCGAGAUGCAUGCUUGACUUUCAAUCGCCUGAGAUGGUGAACGAAGAACCCAUCUUCCCGCAAAGUGAUAUUUGGUCUGUGGGUGUGCUGACAUAUCUUUUGCUUUCUGGAAAAAGCCCUUUUCGCGGAACUGAUGACUAUGAUACAAAGCAAAAUAUAUCGUUUGCUCGCUAUAGAUUUGAGAACCUAUAUAAAGAAGUUACUCCUGAAGCAACUCGAUUUAUUAUGUUCCUGUUUAAACGACAUCCUACGAAACGGCCAUAUUCUGAGGAUUGUUUGGAGCAUAGAUGGCUUAUGUCUUCUGACUAUAUGAUCAAGAAAAGGGAGCGAGCUGUGUUCCUGGGAAAUCGGCUCAAGGAAUUCGCUGACAUGUAUAAGGAUAAUAAAGAAAGUCACGCCACCUCAACCCAAGCGAUUACUCAGUCGUUAAAUGGAGGGCCAUCAACAACGCAGUUAUUACGAUCAAAUAGCAUCCAGGAAGAACUUUAUGCUACAUUUUAAAUUUUCUUCUACAUGUUGAAUUAUUGCAAAAAAUUAUGUACAGUCAAAUAAAAAAAUAUUAACAU